ACAACCCAGCGAAUUCGUCGGGCGCUUGAAACGGUCCAAAGUUACUUCAUAAAGUGUACAGAAACGCAAACAGCGAAUGGAGCGAGAGUUAGACGAGGACGAGCUGCAGGAUUUGUACGCGUGGAUAGAUAAAAUUCGUCUUUCCAGACCGAAAAGACACAUCGCAAAUGACUUCAGCGACGGAGUGAUGGUGGCUGAGGUCGUCAAACAUUUCUUCCCAAAGAUUAUUGACCUACACAACUACACUCCUGCCAGCUCCACACAGCAGAAGCUCAGCAACUGGAACCUCCUCAACAGGAAGGUGUUUUCUAAGCUGAACUUCCACGUGCCUGAGAACUCAGUGAAGAAGAUUGUACUGCGAUCCGCGGGAGUGAUCGAGAGUGUGCUGAGCGGCCUCAGGGAGAAGAUAGACCAGAGGCUGGAUCACAAGACACGCAACAUAUCAGAUUUGGAAUACUAUGACACCAGGAACCCAGAGAAAACUCUCACAGAGCUUAGUCAGAGCGAGGCCAGAUAUCUGUCUCAGAUGGUUCGUGAGGAGGUGAAAAGGGAUGACAAGUUAAAAAUGGAGACAAGCAAACUACAACACACAGCUCAGUUUUACUCCAACUUGGACCCAGCUGUACGCCAACUUCUAAAGGAAAAAGAACACGCGGCCAUGGCUUUGCAGGAGACAGUGGAGAUCCUGCAGAUGAAGGUGAGCAAGUUGGAGCGCCUGGUUCAGUUAAAGGACAUGCGGAUAGAUGACCUAAGGAACAAUCUAGAGAUGUGUACCUGUCUGAAAGGGAAACCCACUGAUUCUAAACCCAGCAGCAUUUAAGCACUUAAAAGAAAUGCUCGGCUCUCAUGUUAAUUGCAAUACACACUUUCAAUUACUGGCUUAGCUUCAGUUAAUCCCUUCCAAAAAACAAAAAAAAAAAGAAGCAAGGUUCAAGUGCAUUUCACAGUGAAACCUGAUUGAACGCAGGACUGUUUCCUAUUGGAAAUAAUGGAAAUCUAAAUGCUCUCUUCCCCGCAACCAAGUGUAAAAAGACUGCCCAUAUACUGUAGCAGCCAGCCACUCAGCGGUUAGCAGUUGACUUCACUCUGGACUUCACUCUCUCUUCAUCUUUACAAUCUUCCCUUUUUGAGGCUGGUUGAUCAUUUUGAAGUAAAUGUUAAAAAAAGAUGUAAAAUAAAGAAAACACAGUUGAUUUGAUAUUUGAUAUGAUGCCAGCUAACCUAAGCUUUGGGGAUGUACAUUGAGGACUUGCCAGAAUCUUGAGCAAUAUGCUGACAAAUUUUUUGUGUCUGAGUUUUGAAUGAUAAGGUUCUACUUUAUAUUUUAUGACCGUAGUACACUUAAAAAUAAAGUCUUAUCAGAAAACACUAGAAUUUUAGUAUUGUACUGUAAUGAUGUUUUUAAACUGUUAGAAAAACAAAUAUGCCAUAGAAUUGUCUCUUAAAAUUCUGGAGGAUUUUGAAGGAUUUAGUACAAAAAGAAAAUUGAUACAUUUUUAAUUAAUGUAAGAAAAAAUAUAUGCACAAUCUCCUUAAAAUUAAUGAGAAAAUGUGAUUUUUAUCUGAGAACACUUGCAAUUUAGUAGGAUAAAUUCCAAAAAUGUAAUGUAACGAGGAGAAAACAAACAAUUUUUUCAUUAAUGUUUGAAAAAUGAUAUGAUAUCGCACAAAUAUACUUUCUGAUUUAAAAUUACAGUUUAGUAUGAUUACCAACAAAAUUCUCCUGAGAACACUCUUUCACUAAUUCUUCGGGCUAAAUUUGCGUAGCUUUUAGUUUGUAAUUAAGUAUAAACAUAGGUAUACCACAACUGCCCAUCUAUCCAUUUUCUGUACAGCUUAUCCUCACCAGGGUCACGGGCGUGCUGGAGCCUAUCCCAGCAAUCUUCGGGCAAGAGGCGGGGUACACCCUGAACUGGUCGCCAGCCACUCGUAGGGUACAUAUAAACAAACAACCAUUCAAGGGCAAUUUAGAGUCUAUCAAUCUACCACGCAUGUUUUUGGGAUGUGGGAGGAAACCGGAGUACCCUGAGAAUACCCAUGCAGGCACGGAGAGAACAUGCAAACCCCACACAGGCGGGGCCGGGAUUUGAACCCCGGUCCUCAGAACUGUGAGGGAGAUGUGCUAACCUGUCAUCCACCAUGCCGCUAAUAUAUAUAACACAACUAUGUAAAGUUAAUAGACUUACGGUUAGAAUAAAAUGCUGUAUACUACAAGUGAUCCUUCGUUUUAGUCAUAUUCAGUACUUCGUAGUAUAUUAUAGGUAAGGCCUGAUAAAAAUACUAUAAAAUAACAACAAAUCUAGUCCAAACUAGUAUAUUCCUAGAGAAUUUGUGUCAAAUACGUGCCUUAUUGGUUCAUCAAAUUGUGAAAAGUAUUUAUUUCGAGUUAGAAAUAAUGAAUAAUAACCACCUUUUCUUUGUAAGGGAAUGCUUUGCAAUACACCAGCAACUUCACUUAUUGUAAGUUUAUCUGAGUGUCAAUGUCAAGUGAGGGAGAUUUACUGUAUAUUUGCCUUUAUUGUGAUGUCCUAAUACUUGAUAGAGAGUAUUGAAUUGAUGCAUUAUUUUCUUUCAUAACAAGGUUCUGUUCCGUGUAACAUGUUUGUUUUUUUCCCUUCAAACCUAUCUGUAAUCCUUUGUACAGCUUGUGACGUCUG